AUGGUCAAACAACAAUCAAAAGAAGAAAUAGCAUUACAAUUGAAAUCAGCAGUUUAUCUAAGUGUUGCUAAAAUAGUGGAGGCAAAACUAGAAGAUUUGAAUAAUGAUAAUGCUGCGACAACAACAACAGAAUCAAAUAACAAGAAUAAUAAUAAUAAUAUGUUAAUUGCAACUCCAACAUUUAUUGCACAAUUAGUUGAAUUGGUAUAUAAUCAAUUAAUUAAUUUAGGAGAAGAUUUAGAAUUGUUUUGUCAACAUGCCAAUCGAGAUAUUGUUGAACCAAGUGAUCUAUUUAUGGUGACAAGGAAAAACCCUACUUUGCAACAACAUUUGAAAGACUUGCUACGACAAUAA